AUGAAAAGUAUUAUUAAUGAACCUUCGACUGAUUUCCACCUGAGAAUCAAUGAGGAAUCGUUUUCAAUCCCAGCUGAAAUUUUAAAGAGAAAUUUGAAUAAAUUGGAGAGGUCAGUCAAACUGAGAACUGACGAAAUCUCCGUUUUGCUCAAUAAAGUUAAUGAACUGAUGGAUAGCAAUACUUUGGAAAAUGAUAAAAGUGCGGUCUUGGAGAUAAAUAAAAUUAUCAAGAAGGUAGACAGGUUGGAGAAAGAGUUAUUAAAGACCAAAGACGAAGAAUAUGAUAUUCUAAUGAGAAUUCAAGAGAGAAUCAGUUUUUUCAAAGAAUUGGAACAUGCUAAGAGUUUAACUAGCAGAGAGUUGCUAAUUGGUUGGUAUCAAAAAUAUACAAAUCUUUUAAUCGGCGAUUACUUGGUGAGAAAUUCAAAAUCAGAGAUUAAAAAGGACGAUGAUACAGGUUGCUAUAACAACGAUGGCAGCUUAUUUUUAAAACAACAACAUAUGGAGAAACUAUUGGAUUAUGAUAUUAUCAUUAAUGCAAAUAUUAUAUCUAACUCUUUAAUUAAACAUAAUGAUAUUGGCCCUUUGCUUACGUGGAUCCAUGAUAAUACGCAGUAUUUAAAAUCAAUUAAGUCAACUUUAGAUUUCGAUGCAAGACUUCAAGAAUAUCUUCAACUAUUAUCAAAAGACAAUUAUAAGGAAGCGAUUAAUUGUUUUCAAUUACAUCUAGUAAAAUUUAUUUCUACUCAUUCAUUAGAGAUUCAGCAGGCUGCAGGAUUUCUUCUGUAUCAUAAAUCUCGUUGUAUCUAUCAAAAUGGUACUACUAAUAACCCGAUGAAGACACCUAUUAACAGUUCAAUGAUGAAUACAGAAGACAGUUCUAAAUAUAAUUCGCUAUACCUGCAUUUUUUUAAUAAAGAACUCCCCACUGCAUAUAAAGAGCAUGAUGCAUUUUUUACAAAUUCAGAAACAAAAUUAGAACUAUCAGGUUUUGGUAAUUUAAACAAAUCGAAUAACUAUUCCAAUUUAUUUGAUGAAUGCCGUUGGAAGAAAUUGAAUGACAUCUUUCUUAGAGAAUAUUAUCAAAUGUAUGGUAUUUCCAAAAAUGAGCCACUUUUGAUAUAUUUGUCAUUGGGUAUCUCAUCAUUGAAGACAAAAGAUUGCCUGCAUAAGAAGGAAAUUACUACAUCAGAAAAUAAAGAAUUGGAUUUUUAUCUGAACUCCAAAGUUAUUUCUAAUAAAUGCCCAGUAUGUUCGAAUGAAUUUAGAAAUAUCGCAAAAGAAAUGCCCUAUGCACACCAUAUAGAGUCUAUACUCUAUGAAAAUCCUAUAAUGCUACCAAAUGGAAAUGUUUAUGAUAAAGAACAAUUGGAAAAGCUUGCUGCACAGGUCACAGAAAGAGGACUUUACAAUAUUUCGAGUGAAGAAAUUAUAGAUCCCAUAGAUAAGCAAGUUUAUUUGAAAUCGAGUUUUGUAAAAAUGUAUCCAACAUGA